CUUCUUCUUCUUCUUCUUCUUCUCUUCUUAUUACAACUCUACAACACAAAACAGCCGUUACCUCGUUUCUUUUGUCAUUCAAUCAUACCAACCUCGUUGUUUAUGCUAUGUAUAAGAAAGAAGUGGGUCCCAUUCAUGGUUGGUAUUCCAAUCCAAGCUGUUGUUUUUUUUACAGUCUGUUUUCUCAUUUCAAAGCUCAUUACUUUACCCCACUUUCCCCAAUAUCCUAACCCCACUCCCCACUCUCUUCGGAAUCAGACCCCAUUUCCCAACCUCACUCUUCUCUUCUUUAAAAUCUCCUAACCCUUCUCACCAUUCCCCAAACUCCUUCUUCUUCUGCUAUUACAUCUCUUUUUCUCUCAUAAAAAUACAAUCUUUAUUAUUAUAGCCAUGGCUGAUGAACAAGUUCAGAAAGCUGUCCCUGAAGAAGAAGUAGUAGUUGUUAAUGUUACUACUAAUAGUAAUGAUGGUGAUGAGAAAGUAGUGAAUGAGAAAAUGGCUUCUCCUCCUACUACUCCUACCAGUACUACUCUCCAAACUGAGAUGUCCAAAUCCAUUGAAGACAAUGAAAAAGCCAACAUUAACAACAAUGACUCGGCUUCUUUCAAGGAAGAGACCACUAAAGUGGCUGAUCUUCCUGACCCUCAAAGGAAAGCCCUUGAAGAAUUUAAGCAAUUACUCAAAGAAGCUCUUCAAAGCCAUCAAUUUUCAACUGCUUCUUCACCACCUUCACCAAAACAAGAGGCUAUUAUUAAGCCUGUUCCACCACAAGAGCCUGAGAAAACUGAGCCUGAAACAACUGAGGAGGUGGAGAAAGAAGCAGCAGCAACAACAACAACCACACAAGAGUCUUCUGAACCAGUUCUAACUGAGGCUGUAGAAGAGAAGGUUGCUACUACUGUGGCUGCUGUGGCUGCUGAUGAUGAUGGUGCUAAGACAGUGGAAGCCAUUCAAGAAACCAUUGUAGCAGUUGCUUCUUCUGAACACAAAGAGCCAGAAGAGUCAUCCAAGGCUGAGCCAGAGGAAUCCAAAGAUGUGAAGGAAGAGUCUUUAGCAGCAACACAGCCUCCUCCUGCUACUACACCAGCUCUGGCUCCUGAAGAAGUGUCCAUCUGGGGUGUACCCUUGUUAAUGGAUGAGAGGAGUGAUGUCAUUCUUCUAAAGUUUCUUAGAGCAAGAGACUUUAAGGUGAAGGAUGCUUUUUUGAUGCUGAAGAACACUGUUGAGUGGAGGAAACAGUUUGGGAUUGAGGAGUUGGUGGAUGAAGAUUUGGGCAGUGAUUUAGAUAAGGUUGUGUUCAUGCAUGGUGUUGAUAAGGAAGGUCACCCUGUGUGCUACAAUGUCUAUGGGGAGUUCCAAAGCAAGGAGCUUUACCAGAACACAUUCUCUGAUGAAGAAAAAAGACAGAUGUUUUUAAGGAAGAGAAUUCAGUUCCUUGAAAGGAGUAUUAGAAAAUUUGACUUCACUCCAGGAGGUGUUUCUACUUUUGUUCAGAUUAAUGAUUUGAAGAACUCACCUGGACCAGGAAAGUGGGAACUAAGACAAGCUACCAAACAAGCCCUCCAAUUGCUUCAAGACAACUACCCUGAAUUUGUAGCCAAACAGGUGUUCAUCAAUGUGCCAUGGUGGUACUUAGCAGUGAAUAGAAUGAUAAGCCCAUUUUUGACUCAAAGAACUAAAAGCAAGUUUGUGUUUGCUGGUCCUUCCAAAUCUGCUGAUACCCUCUUGAGGUAUAUAGCUCCAGAACAAAUCCCAAUCAAGUAUGGUGGACUAAGCAAAGAUGGUGAAUUUGGUACUAAUGAUGCUGUAACUGAGGUUAUUGUAAAACCUGCAGCCAAACACACUGUGGAAUUCCCAGUCACUGAGUCAUGUGUUCUGAGUUGGGAAGUUAGAGUGGCUGGAUGGGAUGUGAAAUAUGGAGCUGAGUUUGUUCCAAGUGCAGAAGAAAGCUACACAGUGAUAAUUCAGAAGAGCAGAAAGGUUGGAGGAAAUGAAGAACCAGUGUUAUGCAAUAGCUUCAAAGUUGGUGAAGCUGGUAAAGUUGUUCUCACCAUUGACAAUUCAACUUCCAAGAAGAAGAAACUCCUCUACCGUUUAAAGACCAAGUCUUGUUCUGAUUGAAUUCCAUAACCACUACUCUCACUGUCACUGUCAUUAUCACUGUCAUCAUCUUCAUAUAUAUAUAUUUAUAUAUUUAUAAUGUUCUAUAUCAACUAUUAUUUUAUUUUACUUUCCAAGUAUUUAUUUUUUUGGUCUUCCCAUGUUAAAAUUGGUGAUUUGAUGAUGUUUUAUUCUCUUUGAUCUUGUAUUUAAAGUAUAUUUCCUUCUUUCUUUCUUUCUUUCUUCAAUUACACUUUUAUUGGUUAUUGGUAUGUACAUAAAUGAUGAGAGAAAGUUUGUUUUAUUUCAUUUCUUUGUUUGAGAUUUUGUUUUUGUACCACAUUUCUCAUUAUAACUAAGUAUUUCAUUAAUUUGA